UCAUUGUUUCCAGUUCAGUAUUUUCGAACGUGCUAUCAUUUAUCCAAAUCAAAUGAAUUACGUAAUUGUCACGUGAUCAUCCACUGCAAGCAAUAUGGCUGCGCCCUGGGUCGCACAGCUACUAUUUAGUGCAGGGGUUUCCUUUACCAUCUGACUGUCAUGUCUGUGUCUGUCCUACCGGUGUUGGGAGGUUUCCUCCAGAGAGGCUGUGGGAUGUGGGCAUGUGUCCAACCCUGGGGUCUCCCGUUUCAUCAGCGCCGGCGCUUCUUCUGGAGGAAGUGGAACAGCUCUCACACUGUAGUCAGACCAGCAGUUGUCAGACCAGCCUACAAAGUUCCCAAGCACAUCCUGAGGCCAGACUAUGUGAACAGUAGCCAUGUUCCUGAUUGGCCAGACUACAUAGAGAUCAAGGACCAGGAGCAGAUCCAGGGUCUGACCAGAGCCUGCCAGUUGGCCAGACAUGUACUGUUGCUGGCCGGACAAAAUCUUAAGGUUGGCAUGACGACAGAUGAGAUAGAUUUCAUCGUCCACCAAGAGACAAUUCAUCACAAUGCAUACCCCUCCCCCCUUAGAUACGGGGGUUUCCCCAAAUCAGUAUGUACCUCAGUCAACAACGUGGUCUGCCAUGGCAUACCUGAUACCCGGCCACUACAAGAUGGAGACAUAAUCAACAUUGAUGUGACUGUCUAUCUGGAGGGUUACCAUGGUGACACGUCUGAGACGUUUAUGAUUGGCUGUGUGGACGAGGUUGGGCGAAAACUAGUAGAGACAGCCAGGAAGUGUAGAGACGAGGCCAUCGCUGCCUGUAAACCUGGGGCUCCAAUGUGUGUUAUAGGAAACACUAUCAGUGACAUAGCCCAUUCAAAUGGAUUCCUUGUUUGUCCUUACUUUAUUGGACAUGGCAUCGGCUCCUACUUCCACGGCCACCCAGAGAUCUGGCACCACGCAAAUGACAAUGAUAUGACCAUGGACGAAGGAAUGUCUUUCACAAUAGAGCCCAUAUUGAUGGAGGGUUCAUCAGAGUUCAGAAUCCUGAAAGACAAGUGGACAGCGGUCUCUACAGAUGACAAGAGGUCAGCCCAGUUUGAACACACAAUAGUCAUCACCUCUGACGGAGUGGAUAUUCUCACCAAACUAGCAGAGGAGGAUGGGCCAACAUCAGUCUCAGUGUAAUUGCUGUUCUCAGACUUGCUAUCCACACCCCUGUCCCAUCCACAUCCAUAAAGAAACAUGAAGUUUACUGAAGAGGACGGAGCCAUGACAUGGACUAGCACAGAGACAAUAUGAAGCUGGCCUUAUGUAUUAGUGAAUGACUGAUGCUGUAUUUUAUAGUUUUCCAGUGUACAAAAAGUAUUAUUUAAAUAAAGUUUUAGUUG